AAGAGAAAGCCGAUUACAGCAGACGACAAAGGCUUUUCAUCAGUGACAAUCUUUUUGUGGCAGCAACCAACUUCACGCAGAUUGAGGUUCAUGUGUUUUCGUUGACAAGAGCUAUAGUUCCGGCUCGCAUUGCUUUUCAAAAGUCUUUUCGUAAAAACAUUGAAUUGGAUCGGAUUCACUGUGUGAAGCGAUCUGAAUAAUCUCAAGUUUUUAUUAUCAUCGUUUGAGAAAAUCGCGUGAAAAUGGUCGUCAAAAAGCCACGCCCGAAGAAGAAGGCUGUCAGCUCAAGCAAAAAGGUUGCCCCAGCACCUUUGGCCGUCAAGAAGGUUGAACCAAAGAAGGUUGUCAACCCAUUGUUCGAAAAGCGACCAAAGAAUUUCGGCAUUGGUCAAAACAUCCAACCAAAACGUGAUUUGUCACGAUUCGUUCGUUGGCCAAAAUACGUGCGUGUCCAACGUCAACGCAUUAUUUUGCAAAAACGUUUGAAGAUCCCACCACCAAUCAACCAAUUUAGCCAAACCGUUGACAAGCAAACCGCUGUUCAAUUGUUCAAAUUGUUGGAGAAAUACCGCCCAGAAUCCAAAUUGGCCAAGAAGCAACGUUUAAAGAAACAAGCUGAAGCUAAGGCUAAGGGUAAGGAAGCCCAACCAAAAAAGAAGCCACUCUUUGUUCGUGCCGGCACCAACACCGUUACCAAGCUCGUUGAACAGAAGAAAGCUCAAUUGGUUGUCAUCGCUCACGAUGUCGAUCCAUUGGAAGUUGUUUUGUUCUUGCCAGCUUUGUGCCGUAAAAUGGGCGUUCCAUACUGUAUUGUGAAAGGAAAGGCUCGUUUGGGAACAUUGGUUCGUCGCAAGACCUGCUCGGCUGUUGCAUUGUCCGCCGUCGAUGCUGCCGACCGUUCAAACUUGACCAAAUUGGUUGAAACCCUCAAGACCAACUACAACGAACGUGCCGAUGAAAUUCGUCGUCACUGGGGCGGUGGUCUUCUUGGUGCCAAGAGUAUGGCCCGUAUCGCUAAAUUGGAAAAAGCCAAGGCACGCGAAUUGGCACAGAAACAAGGUUAAAUUUUUUCAUACGCGCAUAAGAAAAAAACACAUAAUAAAAAUUUUACAAAGCUGAUGUUUGUAACCAAUGUGAAACGGAAUAAAUGAAUAUUCAGUGAACAUGA